AUGGCUGCGAGCCUGGGCGACAUUUGGAUUCAGGUCGCCCAAUUUAUGGGCAGACGUGAGAUUGGCUGUUGUGACGCGGCUGCAGUUUUCGCCAGGGCUCAGGCAAACUUCUUGUGGCACAGCGCUGCUAUGUCAGUCCUGGCAGAGUCUCCCAUUUGGAGUCGAUCCGGAGAAGGAGUGGUCGAGCAGCUGCUGGAGCAGGGGACACGUGGGAAGCACUUUCUUCGAGAGUUGCAGCUACUCCGACGGGCAAUGUUUCCUCCCAAAGUGUGGGCUCCUGCGAUUGUGGAGACGUCGUUCUGCAGCUUUCAGGCAGUUCCGGUUGAGGAUGGCGAGAGUGUGCCCAACGAGGUUGCCAUCCCGCUGACCAUCGGCGCAACCUCUAAACAGACCCUCGCCGUUGGCUUGGAACUCGUCACAGAUGGGACGGCUGAGAGUGUCGCUUCGGCAGUUUGCAUUGGUGUGGAAGUAUGUGCUCCAAGGGAUGAUGGCCGUGUGAUAUCGCUGAUGUUUGCGCCGAUGUCAGGCCAGUGCUACAUGCAGUACUUGGAUUCUCAAUGCAUUGUGAGCACUUCAGUGCUACCUCCGGUCCCCGAACCGGUUGAUGGGCCAAUUUCGGUUUGGGCAAAGGUUGCAGAGGAUGGUGGCAUCUUUUUUCUGCGACAGAUUCCUGGUUGCACCGUGGAGGAGUCGGGCAAGCUGCCACGAAAGGCUUUGCCAUUAUGGGCUGCGGAAUUCUUCGUGUGCGUGUACCUUUGGAUGGAUUACUUGAAGACGCCCGUGAGUAUUUCCGUGCCGUACUCUGCCAAGAAGCUGCCAAUCUCCUUGGAGUUGGCAUUUCCGCAGCGGGAGAUCGAGUCCACUUGGCACCUGCACCAGUGA